AGCCUCCUCCAAGCCACUCACAUGCCCUCCUCCGUCCUCUCCAUCUUCUUGCUGAGGGUCCCUGGCUCUGUGCUUCCUCUUGGCCCAUCUCACUUCCUGAAACACGCUGAAGAGGGCUGCUUAUCUUGAUGGAGUUCCGUGAGCCCUACGGGACAGGGGAAGGCGGAGUCCCUGAGCGCAUCUGUCUGGGGAACUAAGAGCGACGGCUCUUUCAGAUUCAGCCCACGAAGCUUUUGGGAGCCCAGGGAUGUGUGGCCGGCAGAGGGGCUGGAAGUGAGCCCUGCGAUGGGCUCUCUCUAAGGCACGGAGGUCCUCCAGGGGAGCGCCCCACCGGAGACCAGGAGGCAUGGGCGAGUUGUGAGUUGUAGGCUGUGGCUGCUGCACCUGGACCUCCAGCAAGAGCUGAGCUCCCCGGCCCGCCCGGAGCCUGUUUGUGCACCUGUCACCGGGAGGCUCCUCUGGGAAACCAAGAUGCCUGCCAACAGCACCGCCCUGACAUGGGCCAACAUAUUCUACAUCAUCAUGGAGAUCGUCAUUGGGCUCUGCGCCAUAGUGGGUUCUACAUUUUAUUUUCUGACAUUUUUGAAAUUCCUGCAUACCACCACCUUCUAUUUCAUUGUCUCCCUGGCCCUGGCUGACAUUGCUGUUGGGGUGCUGGUCAUGCCCCUGGCCGUUGUCGUCAGCCUGGGCCUCACGGUCCACUUCUACAGCUGCCUUCUCAUGACCUGCUUGCUGCUGGUCUUCACUCACGCCUCCAUCAUGUUCUUGUUAGCCAUUGCUGUGGACCGAUACCUGCGGGUCAAGCUCACGGUCAGAUACAGGAGUGUCACCACUCAAAGGAGAAUAUGGUGCGCCCUGGGCCUUUGCUGGCUGCUGUCAAUCCUGGUGGGGUUGACCCCCAUGUUGGGCUGGAACAUGAAACUGUCCCCGGGGUCCCCCAGAAAUGUGACCUUCCUUCCUUGCCAGUUCCGUUCGGUCAUGAGGAUGGACUACAUGGUGUACUUCAGCUUCUUCACUUGGAUUUUCAUCCCCCUGGUUGCCAUGUGCGCCAUCUACAUGGACAUCUUCUGUAUCAUCCGCAACAAACUCAGUCUGAACUUCUCCAGCUCCAGGGAGACAGGUUCAUUUUAUGGACGGGAGUUCAAGACGGCCAAGUCCUUGUUCCUGGUUCUCUUUCUGUUUGCCUUGUCCUGGCUGCCUUUAUCCAUCUUUAACUGCAUCAUCUACUUUAAUGGGGAGGUGCCCCAGGUGGUGCUGAACUUGGGCAUCCUGCUGUCUCACGCGAACUCCAUGAUGAACCCUAUCGUCUAUGCCUUUAAAAUAAAAAAGUUCAAGGAGACCUAUUUCUUUAUCUUCAAAACCUGCAUGAACUGCCAGCCCUCUGAUUCCUUGGACACACAUAUUGAACAGAUUUCUUAGUAGUUAUCCACGAAAGAUGAUGGUCUGACCUUCAGAUUCAACAUCAACACACAAUUCAGGUCCUAUCCACCUGGGCCGAGGUCUUUCACAUCCGUGAUUCCUCCCACUGAUGUGGGAAGCAUUUGGCCGGCUAUCUCCGAUUGUACCUCUUCUACUACCCGCUGCCUCUAAUUUGAUUUUUUUCCCCUUUGUCAUUCCUCCCUAAUUCAAUUCUCUGGAUGCCUGACUUGAGUACAAUGUUCUAUUGUUAAUAUUGCCCAUGUUCCUCCUUCCCCCCAAAGGAAGUCACAGAAUCUGAAGGAUGCCUCAUUGAUUUACUGAUAAAAGGUCCCAUUCAGGCUGGGCAUGCAUGUGGUGGUGACUCCGUUCCACUCCAUGGACCCUGCUCUCAGCAGAUGCCCAGGAGAUGGUGGGGACAGGAGUGAGCUGAGUUUAAGGGGACACUUACACUGCCAAAUCCAUCUGUAAAUGUAUGUGAGUCAAUAAAAGAUGAUGACGAAC